AUGCCAAAAGAAGAGGUUUAUAACCUCCACCCGUAUGGAUGGGAAAACGACCCAGAGGUGGAGAGGUUCAGGCUUUCUACCUUGGACUAUCUGACGGUGCUGGCAUACAACCACUAUGCCAUCUUCUUCCGCGUCGAUGAUGCCGCAAAGCCCAGAGUCGUUGAGGUCCUCAAGACUGGCCUCGAAAGGACUCUUGCCCAAGUACGACACUUGAACGGACGAAUUGAGAAGGACCCCUGGGGCGGCUACUCUUUCACCAAGAAGAAAGACGACACCGUCCGCUUCGUCGUCCAAUGGCUCGAUGACCCUGAGGAUGCAGGAAAAUAUCCCUCUUUUGACGACAUUGAGAGAGCUCAUUACACCACCCUCGCGCUGGGUGACCUUAGUCUCUGGGCUGUUGAGCCCAUGACUUAUGGCGAGAAGCCCGAAGCCAAUCUGGAGCAAAGCCCCAUAACCUCGGCCUUUAAGGCCAACUUUGUCCGCGGCGGUCUCGUCUUCAGCAUCCACAGUCACCAUUAUGCAGCCGACGUCAUGGGUUGGGCCGGCUUUGCUGACCAGCUUGCCGAGAACUGCUACGCGUUCACCAACGGGACUGCGUACCCCACGUGGGACCCGGCCUGCCAGGACGUCUCUAGGCUCCUCAAACCAGAGCCACCAGAGGAAGAGAAGGUGGAAGGCCCUCAGCCACCCGACAGGCAUCCGGACCACAUCGGCUCCUCUUCCUAUCUCUUUCACCUCCCCAAAAGCAAGGCCGCCCGGCUGAAGGAGCUCGCUAAGCCUGAAGACGGCACCUGGGUUUCGACGUAUGAUGCCUUCUCCGCCUUCAUCUGGCGACACGUAACACGCCUCCGCGCGCCUGUCUUCAAGCCCGCGCCGGAUUCCAAACUCAUCUGGUCCGAGGCCAUCGACAUGCGUCGGCGUAUGCACAGUCCGAAGCCCCCCGCACGCAUCCAGCAGAACGUCAUGUUCGUGGCCCUGUCUACGACAGCGCCCGUCGAGCAGCCCACGGUGUCCGAGCUGAUCUCGGAGUGGCCGUUCUGGAAAAUUGCCCGCUACAUACGCCAGCUGACAGACAGCGUCACGCAGGAGGAUCUCGACGAGACGCUCAAGAUGGUGGCGACGAUCCGUGUGAAGUCUAGCCUCAACACCCGUGUCGACUCACGUCCGCCCAUGUCGAUUGGGCAGUCGGACCACCGUAGCGUCAACAUCGUUUCGGCUGACUUUGGCUUCGCGAAGCCUGCCACCUACCGGUACUUAAUGAGCCAAGUCUCGGACACGGGUAUCCUCGUCUAUCCCUCGCGAGACCUUUCGCCCGAGUCGGACGAGGGCCCCGAAAUCGUCGUUAUGUAUGAGACUGAUCUUGCUCAGACGCUUAUCAACGACCCCAUUUGGAACGAGUUCUUUGAGUACAGAGGUAUCUAUGCUAAAUGA